GGGCGAUGCGAUGCGUCGCGUCGGUUCGUUCGAAAUUUAAUUAGGAAUUUUAAAUUAGAACAAUUUAUUUUUUAAACUAGUUGCGAUAUUAGAAGUUCGAAGUAAAAUCAUAGACAACAUUAGCGUUUAGUUUUGUGUAGCGUAGUUAUUUACGAUAACGAACAACUUCAUGUGAAAGUGAAAAAUAGUGUGAGUGUGUGGUAGUGAAAAUUUGUUUGUUGUUUUGAUCAUGUGGAUUUUUCGGCAGUGAAAUGAUAAGCGAGGCAUAAAUAAGAAGUUAAAACGAUUGCGAAACGACAAGAUGUUUGACGUGUUUGCUAGUAUCGUGAAAAAUCAUUAAAAAUUGGGACUAAGGAUGGGAAUAUUACAAUUCUUGCAAGUGUCAACAUGUGUUCGGUUUCUUAAUUAGUAAAUACUGGCCAUAAACACCAUGAACUAAAGGAGAAAACAAAUUAAUUAGCGCCAAUACUAGACACUCUCUCUUCGUUUGAAAUUCGAACAAUUGGAAAUAGAAACUAGGUAGUGUCUAUAUUUUUAAAUCGGAAACUAUGCCUUCGGCUUUGGACAUCGAUCCAUUCAGCCAACCAGAGUGGAGUGAUUCGAGUGACUCCUUAGAACCAGGACCUUUGCCCCAACUAGGGUAUUUCGUGCCAGUGAGAUGCAGAUGUGAACGGACGACGCAACACGUGUGUAGGAGAAAUAGAAGAGAAUCACCCCGCUCGCGUCGCUCCGUAUCACAAUGCUCCUGCAACAGCAUAUCGCGGAGGUCCUCAGCAGCCGCGUCCCCCAUGCCCCUGCCACCCCUCAACAACACCAUGGAGAUGUACGUCGAACCUGUCGUCGAAGACACGGCUGAACGCAGUGCUGGUUGGGAGACACAUCGCGUGCGCCUCAACAGGGUGCCUGGCUAUGGCUUUGGGAUUGCCGUGUCUGGAGGCAGGGACAACCCUCACUUCGCGAGCGGCGACCCAUCCAUCGCCGUGUCAGACGUGCUCAGAGGCGGGCCUGCGGAGGAUAAACUGCAAGUAAACGACAGAAUUGUGUCCGUGAACGGCGUGCCCCUGGAGAAUGUGGAGUACGCGAGAGCGGUGCAAGUGUUGCGUGACUCCGGCGCAACGGUCUCGCUGGUGGUGCGGAGACGUGCGCCCGCGCCUCCGCCCACUGCGCCGACCACCAUCAAACUGGCUCUCACCAGGAAUGGGAAGAAAGAAGACUUCGGCAUAGUCCUAGGUUGCAAGUUGUAUGUGAAAGAGUUGACGUUGCGGGCUCGAGAGCAACUGAAUCAAGCUGGCCAAGGUCUUUGCGAAGGAGAUGUAGUCACUCGCAUCAACAACACAGCAGUGACGGACGCCAUGACGCUGAAGGAAGCCAGGAAGCUGGUGGAGUCUUGUAAGGAUAGGCUGAAUCUGGUCGUGACGCGAGAGCUGAUUCGGGAGGAGACGGUGACAAAUGGAAACUUCCAGAAUAAUUACAAUAGUUUAGAGGCUCCCGCUCACAAUGUAUAUAGCGGGAACAACGAACAAAUCACACCAGCUUACUCCAGCAGUGGACAGAACCUGUAUGUAGCGGCACCAGUGAGGACCGGCAGCAAUGACAGGAGAGCCAUGUCUCACGACCUUGACCAACCGCCCAGACCACCUCCUCCGAGAAACGAAGACUACUACAGCAGUAGACGACAACUGUAUGAAGAAGAAGCUAUGAAUAACCAGAGGACCAAACCACCGAGUGAACCACGCCUCAUCAGCUUCCAAAAGGAGGGCUCGGUGGGUUUGCGACUGUGCGGAGGGAACAGGUCGGGGGUGUUCGUGUCUGGGGUACAACCCACUAGUCCUGCGGCCUUGCAGGGGUUGCAGCCUGCUGACAAAAUACUCAAAGUAAACGACAUGGAAAUGAAGGGAGUGACGCGCGAGGAAGCUGUGUUAUUCCUGUUGAGUCUCCAAGACAGGAUCGACCUGAUCGUGCAGCAUUCACCCGACGAAUAUAAUGCGGUGGCCAGCGGUCAGAUGCCGGGCGACUCGUUCCACAUAAAGACGCAUUUCCACUACACCACGCCGACGGACGGCGAGAUGUCGUUCCGCUGCGGCGACGUGUUCCACGUGGUGGACACGCUGCACAACGGCACGGUGGGCGCCUGGCACGUCUUCAGGAUAGGCCGCAACAACCAAGAGGUCCAGAAAGGCACGAUCCCCAACAAAGCUCGGGCCGAGGAGCUCGCCACGGCACAGUUCAACGCGACUAAAAAGGAAAUGUCAGGCAAUGAUGGGAAAACCAACUUCUUCAGGAGAAGGAGGUCCACGCAUAGGAGGAGUAAGAGUCUUGGCAAGGAACAUUGGGACGAAGUUGUGCUAUCAGACAGCAUCAGUAAAUUCCCAGCAUACGAGCGCGUGAUCCUCAAACAUCCAGGCUUUGUCCGCCCCGUCAUAGUCUUGGGGCCCGUGGCUGAUAUUGCAAGGGAAAGACUGUUAUCCGAGAGUCCAGACAAAUUUGCCGAGCCAAAAAUGGACAGCGCUAUAGAAGAAAGCAAGACGAAAUCAGCCGGCAUCAUCCGCCUCUCCAGCAUCAGAACUAUCAUGGAGAGAGGGAAACACGCGCUCCUAGACAUUACUCCCAACGCUGUUGAUAGACUGAACUAUGCACAGUUCUACCCUAUUGUGAUAUUCUUGAAGGCCGACAACAAGCAUAUUAUUAAGCAGCUUCGAGCCGGAUUGCCAAAAUCAGCCCACAAAUCAUCAAAGAAGCUUCUCGAACAAUGCCAACAAAUGGAGCGCGUGUGGGGGCACGUGUUCACGCACACGAUCACGCUGAGCGAGGCCAACCAGGGCUCGUGGUUCAGCAAGCUGGCCGACCUCGUGCAGCGCACGCAGCACACGCAGCUCUGGCUCUCCGAGACCAAGAGACCCGAGCCGUUGUCCGAUGACUUCUUGUUCUCAAUGUCUUCGAGCACAGAAAACAGGCUAUCCUACGCAUCUAGUCCAGAAAGUGAUUUGGAAGUCAGCCCGCCGCCUGCACCGAGACUCGUGAAGUCUUCAUCGGACCCGUCUAUAGCAACUACACAGGAUAACAUGGACAGAGAUGAUGACCUGAACCACAUGGCAAACCAUAUGGCUGAUGCCGUUCCACCUCCAUAUACGCAAGGCGGCUACGGCGAUAGCAAAUAUGGCUUCUCCGCCACAACUAAUGGGCACAAAGCGCACAUGAACGACGCACCGCCAUAUAACACGAUGGCACAUUCACCCCUCCACUCCCCACUAUAUGGGACAGUCCCGGAGCUACCUCCCAGAGGGACCGUGAGCAGGCCCGCUGGGGGGGUAUUACUGCCGGCCCCACCUCCUGGAAGACCACCGCAUGGUCUUAGGCACAAUCCUUCCACCCCGAAUCGUCCAAGUGCGCAAGAGCGUCUAUUCGGCCCCCCCAAAGACGCGGGCAGUGACGAAGCCCCAACUUACACCGCUCGUCCCACCAGCAUGAUCAUCCAGCCCACGCAACAAAACUCUUUGGACAGGCAUCGACAUCAAAGCAACCCGCAAAGUUCGUACGACGGCACUACCACGUAUGACUACAACGGCGCCAACAACGGUUCGGCAGUGGGACGUCUACCGCCUAAUGCUCCUGACGACCUCAAAGUGCAGCCCACAGUAAAAAUGGAACCGCCCCCUCCUCCGAAUCAGAACCAAAUGGCAGCUCAACAGAGUCCGCAGAGGAACUCCAACUCACAUGAACACAAUUCGCUGGAUUACAGAAACCCUGAUAGUAAUUACAGCCAUAGGCCACCAGACUACAGAAGCCCCCAGACUAGCCGCCCCCCACCGAUGAACGGCAACAGUCCUCACACACCCAUGCAUGCCAGAGGACCGUCUCUACCGAACGUGCCCACAAACGAUCAUGCCAAGUAUAGCAGUGGACGAACAAACUCGGCGUCGCAGGCGGACUACAGCGGGCGGGCGGGCGCGGCCGUGCCGCCCUACAAGCCGGUGCCACCGCCCAAGCCCAAGCACUACCGCCCGCCCGACAACCAUCCUAGGAACGGGAACAUGGAGGCGGCGCCGGCGGGCGGGGGCGGGGGUGGGGGCGCGGGGCGCGGGUACCCGCCGCAGUACUCGCACCAGCACUCGUUGUCGCAGCCGGCGCAUAGGCCGCACAAUCAGCACAACAAUUAUCAACAGCAAACCAUGUACGGUGGUCAGCUGCCGCCGCAGUCGCCGCCGUACUCGGGUCCGCCGUCGCAUCACCGCGCCAUCAACCUGCCGCACAACCCACAUCUCAUUGACUUAGCUGGCAGCAGAGAACAACGUGGCUCAGCGUUUGAACUGUACAGGAAACCACAACACAUGCAUAACCUAAGCUCAUCCGAAGUCGUGAACUCGAGCUUGGAGCGCGACGAAACAUUCUCGCCAAAAACAAAAAAGAAAUUAUCAAAAAAACCAUCGUUCAUAAAAAACGCAGUACUCGAUUUGUUCCGCUCGAAAACGAAAUCUUCGCAGAAAGUGUCUCGUCAGAAGUCACUAUGCGAGAGUGACUUGCAACAGAGACCUUCCAUGCAGCAGAUGCCCAUGCUGAGACGAGAAAAAUCAGACCUCAGUGAUAUGAGCAUACAUAUGAGGAACCAGCAAAUUAGGAACCAAAUAUUGCAACGAAGCAAUUCAUCCUGUGAGAAAUCGGUUCUCAAACCGAUACUGAAAAGGCAGAGCUCAUUCUGUGACGAUAGAAAUGGCUCGAUUUGUACCGUUCGUGAUUAUGACGCUAAACCCGUCGUCAAGAGUUUAAGACGACAAAACUCAAUGUGCGAUUUUGAAACAGAACCUAAAGUUACCCCACUGUUACGCAGGCAAAACUCUCUUAUAGAAUAUAAUAGGAGAGGAAUAUAUGGGCAGACGUCCAACUUUAACAUGAUUACCAAAAUAGAUCCAAUUUACCAAAGACAGCAGCAAAUAAGACAUGAACCAUUCCACCCUACCCAACCUCUACCUCCAGAACCAGUAUACCAAAGUAAGGAACAUAUUGUCUAUGAUCCUAUCCCAAAGCCGAGAAGAACAUAUACCUCCUCAAUUUAUGAUACAUCUAGCGAAAACCCUUAUGCAACUAGAUCAGAAGUUUCUAAUCAUAGUUACGAAAAUCCAUAUGGAAAUCAUGAAACUGUAGCUAUGCCAAUCUUAGACCCACCUUAUGCCUCAAGGGCUGAAUGUAUCAGAGAUAAUCCAUAUGCUUCCAGAUCAGAAGUGCAAACUGAGAGUCCUUAUGCCUCCAGGCAUGAAGUGCUGAAACAGUCUGAUUCAUUAUACAGUGAAUCACCAUAUUCUAGCAAAGAACAAAUGACAAGACAUAGAAAUAUAUCAGAAAGUCCGUAUUCGACAAAAGAAGAAAUGUUAAGACAGCGAUUUUCAGAAUCACCAUAUAAUACCAAGGAAGAAAUGUUGAAGCAAAGAAUGGAAGGAUCAUUCACUGGUAAAGAGCCAAUUUAUGGGAAGCGUACGUAUGAUCCACCACCAAGUACCUCAUGGACUGAAAACCCCUAUGCAAUCAGACCUGACAGAAGGUUACAAACUCCAGUAAACUAUCCAGGCAGGGUCUCUCCAAUGAGUAAAUGCAUGAGUGAACCUCCUUAUGCUACCAGAACAGAAAUGAUGGCAAGAUUGGGACAAACGGAAUCACCUUACGCUACACGUUCUGAAGUAAAAUCAAGUUGUUCUGAUACACAUUAUGGUGUUUCUCAUGAAAUGCCGGACAUCAGAAACGAUGUUCGUCCAGCUUCGGCAGAAUGUACUUACGUAUCGAAACAAGAAAUACUUUCACAAAAGGCCGCUUUGCUUGCCAGUAAAGAGUCUAGUUAUGGUAUAAGAUUAGAGGAGAAGUUAGAAAUAAUAAAACAGAGAAAUCAGGCAAAGAAAGAAAUGAUAUAUCAAUCGAGGAAAGAAGCGAAUGAAAGUGAUGCUGCUAAAAUUAGAGAACCGUUAUACGUGUCCAAAAGAGAGCUAAAGGAAAGUAUAAUUUAUGAGUCUCAUCAGGAAACUAAGGAAGUUCCUAUAACUAACGAGGACGGUAGUGCCAGAAGCAGUCCAUAUGAAUUGAGUGAUGCUAACCAUUUAUCUCGUAGAGAACCGGUUUAUCAAACUAAAUCAGAAGCUCAAAGCGCUACGGAAAAUGAAACAUUCCAAGAGAUAGAUUUCUCAAAACUCAGACUGACAGAAUCAAAGACAGAUGCUGAGAAACAAAAAUCGCUGAAUAUGGAAGCAAGUAUUUUAAAAGGAGAACCAAUUUACGCACCUAGAUUGCAUGGCAAGUCUGAUCAUAUUUCCAAUGCCCUUAAAGUGACAUCUUCUCCUGUUCCUUAUGAAUCUACCACUUCCAUGGAAACUCAUUACGCAUCAGAAUGCAGCAUGAACUUCGAAAACAAACCGCAAAGUACUCCAUACACAUCCCAAGACUUACAAGAACGAGCAUCAAAGCCAAAUAGAUCUGUAACGUUUUGUGAGAAAAUUAUAGAAAAAAGUCCAGAGUCAAGUCAAGAUAAUUCAGAAAAUAUUUCUUCCAGUCAAAAUGAAACAACAGUCAUUAGUAAUCAGAAUACAGUUAUACAAACAACUGUUUCUGAAGAAGAUGAAUCCGGAAAUAAAACUGAUGAAGUAGCACCAGAAUCACCACACACUACUUGGGGCAUUUUUGAUAGCGAAGGUGGAGUGCUAGAGGACAGGCAAUGGGGUGUUUCGUUGAUAAUUCCUCCAAAAGCUAUAGCACCAGGAAUCAAGCAGAAAAUAUACUUUACUGUAUCAGACCCGAGGUUGAGCCAACAAGUGGGGGGACCACCAAUCGAUAUGGACAACGGUGAAGCGAUGCUGUCCCCACUUGUCAUGUGCGGUCCCCAGGGCCUGGUCUUCCUCAGGCCAGUGACCCUGCGGCUGCCGCACUGCGCCAACGCCGUCCCCUCCCUAGGACUCACCAUCAAAGCCACAGAUACCGAAGCCCAUCUCAGCACUGACUGGGACCAGAUCCAUCUCCCUGCCACGACCACUUUGAAUACUGUAGCCGUUAAAGUUGAUCAUUUUUAACAUUUUUUUUUUGUUGUAUGUUGACAUUUGUGGAAGAUUUUAAAGUAUGGUUUGAAUGUAUGGAUAUUUAAGCUACUAAAAAUUGUACUAAAACAAAAAUCUUUGUUUUUUUAUUUUCAUUAAAAAAUUUGUAAGUUUAUUGCUAAUGUUUAUUGUAUAUUGAAAGUAAAGUAAAGUUUUCAAGGUAAUUCAAAAGCAAAUUUAAAUGUAUUUGUAGUUAUAGUACUUUGUGGUCCUAGAUGUGGAAUUAAUUAUUGAAAUUAUUCUUAUAUAUAUUUUCGUUUGGCACUAUUUCCCACCUAUAUUAUAUUGCAGCCUUUGAUGAAUUAGUGGUGCUAAAAAUUAAAGCAAAAUUAAUGUAAUUUAGUGUAGGAAUAUUUACUGAAUCUCCAUAUUAACUCUAAAGAGCUUGCGCCAUGGUUGGUACGAUGUGAAAGAUUUAUAAAAAAUGGUUGACUGAAAAUGAAGUAAGUAAGCUUUGCUAAAAGAAACGAUAUUUUUAGAAUCGCCUUACCAUAACAUUAGUUUAUAAGGAUAGUUUUAGUAUAAUUAUGUUCAUAUAAUAAUGUAUAUUAAUACACAACUUGUGUAUUUAGCAAUGUAUGAAUAAAUGCGGAUUGUUGAAGAUUUGGUCAAAAUUCGAUAUUUUUGUAAGUAAUUCGGCUUCCAUAUCGUAACUAUUUUCAAUGUUACAAUACAAUUGACGUGUUUUAUCUCUUGGAUUUAACUCAUUUUAGCGUAAAAUGAUUUGCGAUUAAUGUAUGAAUUAUUUUAUUAUGUACACUUAUCCCGUUGUGGAUUAUUUUUGUAUAUUUUCUUGUUUUAGUUGUAAAAUGAGUUUAAUUCGGUCGAAAUUAAAUUUUAUAUCCUGAG